AUGGCGUGGAUGAGCCUAUUUGCCGCUCGUGCAAAGGCGCUCCGAUGGCACGACGGCGCGGGCGAGCCAAGCUGGCGGCCGGUCAGGCAGACGGCCACAAACUCGCGUCCCCUCGACGACAGCUCGCUGGUGCCAACCCCGACCCUCGCCUCUCAAGGGCUUUUACACCCCAGGGAUAUUGAUGACCAAACACUUGUGCCCGAAGAGAGCAAGCCCUCGGCCGGGCUGAUAGCGGGCGCGGCCGUCGGCGCGCUCCUCGCCGUCCUCGCCGCGGCCUCGGGGCUCGUCUUGCCGGGCCCAGCCGGCGGCGGCGGCGACGACCCGCAGCUGCACUCGGCCCACCUCCUCCUCGGGCUCGUCGACGACGGCCACGCCCCCACCGAGAUGGAGGCCAAGGCCUCGCCGCGCCCCGUGAGCGAGCUGCAGGCCGGGUUCUUGCCCCUGGAGAUGGGGGCUGCGCCGCUGGGAGAGCGGCAGGCGCACGUCGGGCCGGUGGCGGAGCUCCCGGCCGACGCGGUGGGAGGGGAUGGGGAGGCUCACCGCGGCGGCGACGAGGCGCUGAAGGAGGCCCAGAAGCUGGGAGACACUCCCGAGCUCUGCGCCGACCCGGGCAAAUUCAUGCUCGAUGUAGACCAAUGCGUCGGCUGCGUCGACGAACAGCCCGGCACCUCACCCAGUAUUCUUCGCAUGAUUUUGCCGCAGGAUCUCGAAGGCUUCUUUCUCUGCUGCGAGCAGACAAAGUUCCUGGGCGAAUUCAUGGCCGGCCUCAGAUUAAACCACCACCGGGCACAGCACAAGCAAUGUCGCCUCGCCUACUACCGCAAGAGGCAUCGGCUCACCCAUCAGCACAAGAAAUACCAGCUCACCUACCAGCACAAGCAACAUCACCCCGCGCACCAGCACAAGCAGCACCAGCACGUCUGCCAUCAGUACCAGCGGGGCUCGGAGCAGUCCAUCGCCUCCUCCGGGCACAACAGCCGGGUCGACGCCGGGACAGCCAGCGGGACCAACAACUCCUGCGGCGGCAUCGAACCCCGACACAAACGGAGCCUUGCCAGGGGCCAUCCAGCGGACGGGCUUGUGCCGUACGUCGUCUACUGCACCAAAACAGAUGCCUUUGCCCCCUCCACCGGCCCGGCACGUCAACUUGCUCUCGGCCUGUCCAAAAGGCGGCCUGUCUCCACCGCCACUGGCCUUCCCGCCGUGACACGCGCAGCCAAUCUCAACGCCACAGGCUGGACAGCUGUGGCAAAGGCGGUAGACCUGGGACCCUCCACGGGGGAGUCGAAAUCCCUGUCGAAAGAAGAAAGCUUCGAUGUUUUGGCCGACGCCGUAAUGGCCGCGCCCGCCGGCGCCGCCGCUGUCGCCAUUCUCGCCGUUGGCGUCGCCGUGUUUUACCGACGGAGGAGGAGGAUAAGAAAGAGGAAGAAGGACAGGCCAGAGGGCGGCGGCGGCGGCGACAUCGAGGACAAGCCGCAGCUGCACUCGGACCACCUGCCGAGGGUGGACGUGCAGGAGAUGGACGCCUGGCAGCCGCCCGGCGAGCUCGCGGGCGUUCAGCCUCCCCGGCUGGCCGAGCUGCCGGCCAAGGAGCCCGCGGCGACCGAGAUGGCCGCCAGCAGUGAUGGGCAGAGGUGA